CUGGUUAUGGCAGCACUGAUCCACUUUGUAUUUUUCCCGAGUAUCAAUGAAUCUUAUAACGACCCUUGCUACUUGACCACGGAACAGUUAGAUGACCUGCGAUACGUGAUACGAAAUGUUCUUGAAAUAUAUGAAGAUAUGAACGUCACGUACUGGCUGGAUUUUGGUACUCUGUUGGGUGCGGUGAGAAACGGCGAUAUCAUAAGGUACGAUCAUGAUGCGGAUAUUUCAAGGAUCGUUCCAGAAGGACCAAAAUACAGUUACGGAAAAUUCAUAAGAAAAUUGAAAGAAAGAGAGAUAUCAGCAAAUGCGACUGUUGCUAAUUACAAGGGUAUGAUCGUUGAACUUCAUACAUGGGAUUUACACGAAGAGGAGUUUGAUGGGAAAAUACAGAUUGUUGUUAAAAAGUGGCUGUCCACGUGGUUGAAAAAUAUGAACUCACGUCUCGACGACUGGCAUAACAUGAAACUGGUGUUUCCAUUGUCGUGGCUACUGCCAACAAAACGAAUGCAAUUCGUAGGAGUUAACGCAAAGAUUCCACAUAAUACUAACGCCAUUCUUUUAAACAGAUACGCACUUACAUACAGACUAAAUGUCUCUUUUCCUUACAAAUGGAAAUGUUGGAUACCGUACUUGAAUUAG